AUGAAAGCUAGAUAUCUUACUUUCUUUUCGUAUAUAGGUACUCAUUUUAGAUCCUCAGAAAAGAUAUGGAUGAAGACUGGGUCCAAUUAUACUGACAUUAAUAGUGUACAAGGUACUAUAGAAGCUGCUCUAUUGAAACUGAGAUCGAUCAACUACCCCAACGUUCAUUUAUCCAGCCGUACAGAUGGUGGUGUGCAUGCAUUGUGUGCAACGGCUCAUUUCGACCUGGACAGAUAUGGCACAAAGAUUUAUGAACCAUAUAAUAUUUCAUAUCAACUAAACAAGUUCUUCACCAAAACUGAUACAAGCAUAUCUAUUAAGAAAUGUCUACUUGUUCCUGACAACUUUGAUGCUAGACGGAAAGCUUUAUCCAGGACGUACUUGUAUCGAUUUGCAUUUUUAAGAGAGAGUGUUGAAAUUCCUGAGAAUACAUCUAUAGCUUCUUACAUACCAAUUGAGGAAUGGAGGAGGUGCUUAUUUUUAAGAUUGAAGAACUUUGAUGUGGAAAGUUUGAAAGAAGGAGCAAAGUAUCUGGUUGGCUACCACGACUUCACGACAUUUAAGAAGUUUAAUAAACCAAAGGAGACACAUAACUACAAGCACAACAGGCGGGAACUGCUCUCCGUAACAGUACGAGCCGGCUCUCCGCUCGUGACGCGACACACGCGGGACCACGGCAAUGAUAUCUUCGAUUACUGGGAAGUGGAGUUUAAAGGAAAAGCGUUUGUUCACAAUCAGAUCCGGCGCAUGUUAGGGGCUCUGCUAGGCGUCGCAGUAGGCAAGCUGCCACCAGAAGAGAUCAAGGUGAUGCUUCAGGUGCCGUCUAAGCACUCUUGGAACACUGCUCUGGAAUGCUGCCCCGCCCACGGCCUCUACCUGUGCGACGUCGAGUACGACCCUGCAGACCUUGAAUACCAACCAAACCAAAUACUGAAGACGGACAGUGACAGUGAUAGUGAAACUGAGUAA